AUGGAUAAGCAUGCGCUGAAGAGAAGAAACAGACUGCUUAAAAAGAAUGAAGCGCGGAUGAACCUCCUGCUGGGGAAGUCGGAAGGGGGCGAUGUAGAGAAGGACGCGGAGGGCAAGCAGAAAGCGGCCGAGUUGAAGCCAAAGCGGAACGAAGCAAAUGAAGCAAAUCAAGCGGAGCGAUACAAUGAAGGGCCGAAGAAGCAACCCCCCGCGGGGAAAGACGCCCCUUCGGAGAUAGACCAAAUGGCAGCACCGAGCAGUUCCCCGGGGCAGGCCAGCACCGUCGAACCGGAUCAACACACGGAUGACAAUUCCAACCAAAAGGGGGACCCCACGAAUGGACAUGACCAAACUGGGGAGGGAAAACCAGCAGAGGGGAAGGACCCCACUGAGGAGGAGAAGCUAAAGUCGGACGCAGAAGUAACCCAAAAGGGGGGGCAAAAGGGCGAAGUAAAAAACCGAGCAAAAAAAAAACGAAUAAGCAGCCACGCAGGCGAUAAAUCUAUUAACGACCGAGAGGACUACACCAAUGCGGAUGAUGCCAAUAACCGCAGCGAAAGCAGCAGCAGCAAAUCAGAGGAGGAGAAGGUUAAAGAGGAAGCCCCAGCUGCAACCCCUCAAUUUAAGGUGUCCAUCCGGAGACUAGCCGAAUUUGUAUCUCUCCUAUUUCUCGCCACAAUUAUAAGCAUCGUGAAAGUAAAAUAUUGUGAUUACAAUCCUCUGCCGAUGAGCAUAGAGCCCAUGCGGAAGAAAAAGAAAAUGCACCGUUUGAUCAGCUCCAAGUUUGUUUUUUUUUUCCUCUCCCUUUUCUACAACAUAGCAUUUUCGCUAAUUGAUGUGUAUACCCAUUUUGUAAAAAACAACAUGAGUCAGAAGGAGGUCUGGAAGUACGUGCAGAACCUACGGGAAAAGCUGACUAGCCAAUCUGAAUCCCUCUUGUUUCUCCUCAACAACGGCUCGACGGUUGCUUUUUUUUUUGUGAGUCUCGUAAAAACGUACUUGCUGCUCAUGUUUUUAACUCAUUUGUUUGAUGACAUUUUGUACAACUACACCGUCCGCAAGGCUUGGGCGAGCGCGCCCCUCCCCGCGGUGUAG